UUCCCGCUAAGAUGUCAGUCCAACCUUGAACGUGAAAGCGCACGCCAUUCUGCGCGCGAAAAAAAAACACGCGGCAAUUUUGACUUUGACGUUUGACAUGGCGCACCAAAAAGUUUUUAUAUUCCUUUUAAUUUUCGGUACGGUUCACAGUGCUAGUAUAAUAGAAACGUCAUAUGAAUAUGUUAUGAAUUUAGGUAAAAAUUUAGCGCCUAGUUUCAUGUCGAUUUUGGACUGUUUUGGUGAACAAGAUGCGUGGGUCUGUGCUAAAGAAAAGGCGGGAAUCAUUUUUGACGGCUGGGACAAGGAAGUUGAUAAGCAAAGGCGAAUGUGGCGAGAGGAGGCAGAUGCCGAAGUGAGAUCGUCAGGGCGAUCGUUGGAAGAAAUGCCCUCGGUUCUUGGGAAAGAGAUAGAAGAGGGUCUUGGGUCUCUUUCUGACUUGGUACAGAAUGGUGUGGCGAGAGCCCUCACCACGAAGAAACCAGAAGGAUCCAAGAAGACACCUCCAAAACUCCAAAUGGCAGAGAAAUCACCAGAAAUACUGCUAAGUAAAGACAGUAUAGAGCAGAGUGUAGUGAAUGGGGAGGGUAAAGGAGUUAGAGAGGAGGGUAGAGGAGUUCUAGGGGAGGUGUGGAAAAUGGGGGAGUCUGCGAUCGAUGCGGUCGCUGAUCAUCUUCUGGAAAAGGAGAAUGAGGAAAAUGGGAUAGCUGAUAGGAGCACUGUAGCAGAGCAAAGAGGCAAGAAGAAAAAGAAGAAGAAGGCUAUACUUAAGUUGUUGCUGCUGGGAGCAGUUCUGAAGGCAAAGAUCGGGACUUUACUGCAAAUUCUAUCGUUUAAGUUACAAGUUAAAUUCUUCAUAAUAGCGCUUAUCGGACUUGCUAUCAACUUAGCCCGGUUUUGGGUAGAAUUAAAACACAAGCACCAACAACCGCAGAAGGUAAUUUACUACGAACACGCGCAGCACCAACAUCAUUAUGAGCAUGAGGAGGAGCCUGGCUGGGGACCGUGGUCGAGGAGCAUUAUACCUGAGGAGAAAGAUGAAAUUGACUCUGACGUAUCCCCCUACAGAGCACAGGAAAGGACUCAAAUGUUUCCCACUAAGCCAUUGUUAACUUUAUCAUAAAUAAAUUAUCAAUUAUUCAAUUAUUAAAAUGACAUUUGUAUGUUGACAGCUGACAGCUACUAAUGUAGUUUAUAUUAUCUGUGGAUGACAGACUUACAAAAUUUCUUUUUUAGCACGCUUAAUUGUAACUGUCCGAUUACAUAAAAGUUAAUUUAAUAAAACAUGCUUUAAGAAUUACUCUUUCAAAGGAAAUUUAAAAGACCAGUAAAUUUUACAACAAACACUUUUUUAGCAAGCUUGUUACUAAAUACAGAGUAAUUUUUAAAUUUAUUAAGCGUAACAUUCAACGCAUUGGUUUAUUUUUAUUUAUUUUGUAAAUAGAUUGUUUGUACAUAAGUAUUUUUUUAUUUUAUAUUUUUUAUAUAUUUAUAUCUAACUCUACACAAAUUAUCAUUAAGUAACCUAUUACAUUUAAGUUAUUUAUAUACCAGU